CAGUUCUGUGCAGUACAACAUCCCACUAGAGUUGAACAAUGAUCAAGAUAAAGGCUCAACUGUUCGUGCUUCUGUCGUUGCUGGCAAUACUGGCCACCGGCCAGUCGCAGCACCAGUUCUCUCGCGGAUCGUGCAAACGCGUGUCGUGCCACGUGGAACCCAACUACGGCGAUUACAGCGACUUCUUCGUCAAACAUUGUCCAGAUCCGUUCAAUUUCAGCGGAUACUGUAGCUGCGAUGAUGGUCCCGGCUAUCAGGCGUACUACCACGAGUGCCCGUCUGGAACGUUCUUCGAUGGGUAUUCCCAGCUGUGUCGCAACAAUGAAGGUGACAGGGACGAUGAGGGGUUUUCUACGGACAGGCUGAUCUAUUGCAUUGAUAACUGGCUAAACGAUCGCAGCAAGGCUCAAGCGAGAUUCGUUUGCAAAAAGUAAAUUAAAUCUUCUAGCAGUUUUUUUUGUUCAAAAUAAAGAAUAAAUAUUUC